GCUGUUUUCGGUAACUGCGAGUUUUGCAAGGUAGAAUUGUCGAAACUGAGUAAAAUCGGUGACGAUGUGAUGACCUGUUCGGUUGCCUCGAUGUAUCUGAAACAAGGCCGAAAGAGCUCGUCGAAAGCAAGCAUUGAUACCAUUUACACUCCUGAAGGCACAUUUAUUGGUAUUUUUUAUACCUUUAAUUUCAGUGAUACGACAGUUCAGGACGUGAAGCAUUUUAUGUUUAAAGGCUACUGA